CCCAAGGAAGAUGCUCCUGGAGUAUCUAUCAUCCGUCCAUUGCGGGGGAUUGACUGUAACAUGUACGAGAACCUAGCCUCAAGUUUUCGCCAAGACUAUCCCCGGUUCGAAAUCCUUUUUUCGGUCGCGAACACCAAUGACCCAGCUAUUGCAGUAGUGCAAGACCUGAUGAGGAAAUUUCCGAGAGUCGAUGCUCGACUAAUCAUCGGCGAGAGAAACGUUGGGAUAAAUCCAAAGAUCAACAACAUGAUUCGGUCGUACGAAUCCGCCAAGUACGACAUUCUUUGGGUGUACGACUCAAAUGUUUAUGUCGACCCUGGAUGCAUGGGCAGGUCCAUUGACAAGAUGUUGCAGCCCAAUGUCGGCCUCGUCCACCAUCUUCCGUUUGGGGUCCGACCACAGACGCUCGGUUCUGACCUGGAACUCAUGUUUCUGGACACGGUGCAUGCAAAAAUGUAUCUCUUCAUCAACUGGACAGGACUCGCCUCAUGCGUGGUCGGAAAAUCCAGCCUCUACCGGCGGUCGAUUCUGGACAAGGUCGGUGGGCUGUCCAAGUUUGGGAAGUACAUGGCGGAGGACAAUUUGAUCGCGACCGAGAUUUUCAACAUGGGAUACAAGCACGAGAUGACCAGCGACCUUGCGUACCAGUCUCUGGGGUCGAUGACACCGUCGGAUUAUUUCCUGAGACGCGCACGGUGGACCAGGAUUCGUAAAUAUACAGUAACGGCAGCGACGAUCGUGGAGCCGUUUAUUGAGAUGAUCGGGUGCGGACUGGUGGCAUCCUAUGGAUUCAACCUGUUGUGGCAGACACACUUUUUGAACUUUUUGGCGUUUCAUAUCGUGGUCUGGUUCCUGAUCGACUUGUCCAUGUACCAGGCGUUGUCUGGCGAGAAUGUCGAUAACUUGAGAGGUUUUUUGAUGACCUGGUGCCUGAGAGAGGUGGCAGCGUUGCCACUGUAUGUUUACGCGGUGUUGGGUUCAACUGUCGAUUGGCGCGAUCAGACAUUCUUAUUGCAGAGGGACGGGACGGUG